GUAUAAAUUAGCCUUCUUCAUCAAAAUUAGGGUUUGCGACUCUUGGAGCCAGAAACGACCAGGUAGCGGCACAUCAGUUCAAUUCAACCACCAGCAAGCUCACGAUGGCGAGGAUCAAGGUUCAUGAGCUUAGGGAUAAAUCGAAGACUGAUCUUCAGAACCAGUUGAAGGAGUUCAAGGCUGAGCUCGCUCUCCUCCGUGUCGCUAAAGUCACCGGUGGUGCACCCAACAAGCUCUCUAAAAUCAAGGUUGUGAGAAAAUCCAUCGCUCAGGUGUUGACAGUGAUCUCCCAGAAGCAGAAGUCUGCUUUAAGAGAAGCAUACAAGAACAAGAAGCUCUUGCCUCUUGAUCUCCGCCCUAAGAAAACACGUGCUAUCCGUAGACGCCUCACCAAGCAUCAGUCUUCGUUGAAGACAGAGCGUGAGAAGAAGAAAGAGAUGUAUUUCCCAGUGAGGAAGUAUGCUAUCAAAAUGUAGUAGUUUCGUUAUCCAGUUUUAGUUUUGUCCCACCUUUUGUUUUUUAAUUUUACUGAAGUUUUGUCAUCAAACAGACUCUCUAAAACAAUCAUUGUGUUGUCGUUUUUCUUGUUUCUUAAAUUAUAUCAUAUCAAUCGUGUAGUAGA